CUACAAAGACAACAUAUUUGAUGUUCAAACUCAUAAACUUUUUUUUUUGCAAAUAUUAAUUAACUUAGAAUUUCAUGACUGCAACAUGUGCCAAAGUAGUUGGGAAAGGGCAUGUUCACCACUGUGUUACAUCACCUUUUCUUUUAACAACACUCAAACGUUUGGGAACUGAGGAAACUAAUUGUUGAAGCAUUGAAAGUGGAAUUCUUUCCCAUUCUUGUUUUAUGUAGAGCUUCAGUCCUUCAACAGUCCGGGGUCUCCGCUGUCGUAUUUUAUGCUUCAUAAUGCGCCACACAUUUUCCGUGGGAGACAGGUCUGGACUGCAGGCGGGCCAGGAAAGUACACACACUCUUUUUUUACGAAGCCACGCUGUUGUAACGUGCUGAAUGUGGCUUGGCAUUGCCUUGCUGAAAUAAGCAGGGGCGUCCAUGAAAAAGACGGCGCUUAGAUGGCAACAUAUGUUGUUCCAAAACCUGUAUCUACCUUUCAGCAUUAAUGAUGCCUUCACAGAUGUGUAAGUUAUCCAUGCCUUGGGCACUAAUGCACCCCCAUACCAUCACACAUGCUGGCUUUUGAAUUUUGCGUCGAUAACAGUCUGGAUGGUUCACUUCCCCUUUGGUCCGGAUGACACAAUGUCGAAUAUUUCCAAAAAUAAUCUGAAAUGUGGACUUGUCAGACCACAGAACACUUUUCCACUUUGCAUCAGUCCAUUUUAGAUGACCUCGGGCCCAGAGAAGCCGGCACCAUUUCUGGAUGUUGUUGAUAAAUAGCUUUCGCUUUGCAUAGUAGAGCUUUAACUUGCACUUACAGAUGUAGCGACCAACUGUAUUUAGUGACAGUGGUUUUCUGAAGUGUUCCUGAGCCCAUGUGGUGAUAUCCUUUAGAGAUUGAUGUGGGUUUUUGAUACAGUGCCGUCUGAGGGAUGGAAGGUCACGGUCAUUCAAUGUUGGUUUCCGGCCAUGCCGCUUACGUGGCGUGAUUUCUCCAGAUUUUCUGAACCUUUUGAUGAUAUUAUGGAGCGUAGAUGUUGAAAUCCCUCAAUUUCUUGCAAUUGCACUUUGAGAAAGGUUGUUCUUAAACUGUUUGACUAUUUGCUCACGCAGUUGUGGACAAAGGGGUGUACCUCGCCCCAUCCUUUCUUGUGAAAGACUGAGCAUUUUUUGGGAAGCUGUUUUUAUACUCAAUCAUGGCACCCACCUGUUCCCAAUUAGCCUGCACACCUGUGGGAUGUUCCAAAUAAGUGUUUGAUGAGCAUUCCUCAACUUUAUCAGUAUUUAUUGCCACCUUUCCCAACUUCCUUGUCACGUUUUGCUGGCAUCACAUUCUAAAGUUAAUAAUUUGAAAAGACUAACAUUUUUACAGUUUGAACAUCAAAUAUGUUGUCUUUGUAGCAUAUUCAACUGAAUAUGGCUUGAAAAGGAUUUGCAAAUCAUUGUAUUCUGUUUAUAUUUACAUCUAACACAAUUUCCCAACUCCUAUGGAAACAGUUUUUGUACAAUCACACCCCCACUCCUCACCCCACAGUGGCACAAGUUUAAAAAGUGUGUGGUAAAGUAUCUUCUUAGGAAGCCAAAACAUGUUGUAAAAUGUUCUCUUUGAAGCCAAAAGGCGUGCUAACAUGUCGUCUUGGGAGCCAAAUCGAUUGCUAAUGACUCCUAUUAUGAUGCUAAGUGCCUUCUCAGAAGCCAACACCUGUGCUAGUGUUCUUGUGGAGGUUGCCCCCUAGUGGGUUCUCCAGACCACCAAUCACCGACAUGAGAGCAGGAUUCAGGUUCACAACUCUGCUUUAUUUUCUCCACAAGUCUCCCGGGUGCUUUUCAGCAAUUGUCUUUUCCUCUCUUGCUCUCACUCGCCAACACCUCUCUCCUCCUGGCUGCUGCCGUAUAACAGAGGGACAGGUGAUUAGAUAACCAGGCCCAGGUGGGCCAUGUAUGCACCUGUCGCUGAUUUUGAGGCCGGUCCUGGCACACCCCGUUGCGCUGCAGGCCCGCAGGCCACGCCCCCCUCCACAGUCCUCUUGGGAGCCAAAACGUUUGCAAAAUGUUGCUCUUGAGAGCCAAAACUUGUGCUAAGGUGUCCACUUGGGAGCCAAAACGUGUGCAAAAGUUUGCUCUCGGGAGCCAAAAUGUGUGCUUAAGUGUCCUCUUGGGAGCCAAAAUUUGUGCUAAAGUGUCCUUGGGAGCCAAAACGUGUGCUAAGUUUUGCUCUUGGGAGCUAAAACGUGUGCUAAAGUGUCUUCUUGGGAGCCAAAACGUGUGCUAAAUUUUGCUCUUGGGAGCUAGAACGUGCUAAAUAGUCCUCUUGGGAGCCAAAGCGUGUGCUAAAUUUUGCUCUCGGGAGCAUAAACAUGUGCUAAAAUGUCCUCUUGGGAGCCAAAGCGUGUGCAAAAUUUUGCUCUCGGGAGCUAAAAUGUGUACUAAAGUGUCCUCUUGGGAGCCAAAACGUGUGCAAAAUUUUGCUCUUGGGAGCUAAAACAUGUGCUAAAGUGUCCUCUUGGAAGCCAAAGCGUGUGCUAAAUUUUGCUCUCGGAGCUAAAACGUGCUAAGAGGAAGCGUGUGCAAAAUUUUGCUCUCGGGAGCUAAAAUGUGUACUAAAGUGUCCUCUUGGGAGCCAAAACGUGUGCUAAAUUUUGCUCUUGGGAGCUAAAACAUGUGCUAAAGUGUCCUCUUGGGAGCCAAAGCAUGUGCUAAAUUUUGCUCUUGGGAGCUAAAACAUGUGCUAAAGUGUCCUCUUGGAAGCCAAAGCGUGUGCUAAAUUUUGCUCUCGGAGCUAAAACGUGCUAAGUGGAAGCGUGUGCAAAAUUUUGCUCUCGGGAGCUAAAAUGUGUACUAAAGUGUCCUCUUGGGAGCCAAAACGUGUGCUAAAUUUUGCUCUUGGGAGCUAAAACAUGUGCUAAAGUGUCCUCUUGGGAGCCAAAGCAUGUGCAAAAUUUUGCUCUUGGGAGCUAAAACAUGUGCUAAAGUGUCCUCUUGGAAGCCAAAGCGUGUGCUAAAUUUUGCUCUCGGAGCUAAAACGUGCUAAGUGGAAGCGUGUGCAAAAUUUUGCUCUCGGGAGCUAAAAUGUGUACUAAAGUGUCCUCUUGGGAGCCAAAACGUGUGCUAAAUUUUGCUCUUAGGAGCUAAAACAUGUGCUAAAGUGUCCUCUUGGGAGCCAAAGCGUGUGCUAAAUUUUGCUCUCGGGAGCUAAAACAUGUGCUAAAGUGUCCUCUUGGAAGCCAAAGCGUGUGCUAAAUUUUGCUCUCGGAGCUAAAACGUGCUAAGUGGAAGCGUGUGCAAAAUUUUGCUCUCGGGAGCUAAAAUGUGUACUAAAGUGUCCUCUUGGGAGCCAAAACGUGUGCUAAAUUUUGCUCUUGGGAGCUAAAACAUGUGCUAAAGUGUCCUCUUGGGAGCCAAAGCGUGUGCUAAAUUUUGCUCUUGGGAGCUAAAACAUGUGCUAAAGUGUCCUCUUGGAAGCCAAAGCGUGUGCUAAAUUUUGCUCUCGGAGCUAAAACGUGCUAAGUGGAAGCGUGUGCAAAAUUUUGCUCUCGGGAGCUAAAAUGUGUACUAAAGUGUCCUCUUGGGAGCCAAAACUUGUGCUAAAUUUUGCUCUUGGGAGCUAAAACAUGUGCUAAAUAGUCCUCUUGGGAGCCAAAGCAUGUGCUAAAUUUUGCUCUGGGGAGCCUAAACAUGUGCUAAAGUGUUCACUUGGUAGCCAAAACGUGUGCUAAAGUGUCCUCUUGGGAGCCAAAGCGUGUGCAAAAUUUUGCUCUCGGGAGCUAAAAUGUGUACUGAAGUGUCCUCUUGUGAGCCAAAACGUGUGCUAAAUUUUGCUCUCGGGAGCAUAAACAUGUGCUAAUGUCUUCAUUUGGGAGCCAAACUUUGUGCUAAAGUGUCCUCUUGGAAGCCAAAGCGUGUGCAAAAUUUUGCUCUCGGGAGCCAAAAUGUGUGCUAAAGUGUCCUCUUGGGAGCCAAAAUUUGUGCUAAAGUGUCCUUGGGAGCCAAAGCGUGUGCUAAAUUUUGCUCUUGGGAGCUAAAACGUGCUAAAGUGUUCACUUGGGAGCCAAAACGUGUGCUAAAGUGUCCUCUUGGGAGCCAAAGCGUGUGCAAAAUGUUUGUCUCUGGAGCUAAAAUGUGUGCUAAAGUUUGCAUUUGGGAGCCAAAAUGUGUGCUAUAUUGGCACCCCUCCAUUUGUGUCAGAUAAGGCAGCACUUAAUCCAGAAAAUUGUUGAAAUGACAAAUGCUUUGGUAUUCACAUGUUUAUUUAUUUAGUUUGCAUUGGAACAAAACAAAAAAAGCCAAAUCUGAUAAUAUUUUACACAGAACUACAAAAGUGGACUGGACUAUUUGGUAGCACACCCUUUGGAAAAAAGAAGUGACAUCCAUGGCUUCCUGCGACCAUCAAUGAGUUUCUUACACCUUGCUACUGGACUUGUGGACCACUCUUCUUUUGCCAACUGCUUCAAGUCUCUCAGAUUUGAAGUUCUCCCAACUGCCGUUUUUAGAUAUCUCCACUUAUGUUCAAUAGAUUUAGAUCUGGAGUCAUGUUGGCCACUUCACAACUUUGAAUUAACAUUUUUACAUGAACAGUUUGUUGGACUUCCGUAUUUCCUUGAAUGCCGCCGGGGCGCUAAUUAUUUUAAAACCUCUUCUCACUCCGGCACUUACCAAAGGCAUGUGGUAAAUUUAGGCCUGCGCUUAUAAAUUUGAGUGUGAUGUAAGGAUACCAUCAUGAAAAGCACAUUUAAUAAAAAAACGUUCUUAUGGUCUUACCUUUACUUAUAAAUGAAGUCCAUGCGCAGCUCCUUCUGAUCAAAAGCAUCGAUAACUUGUUUAUAGAAGUCUUCCUUAUCUUUCUUCAGUUUUAAAAGUCUCUCUGUCUCGAUGGAGAUCUUCCUUUAUUACCUCCUGCUUCGAUUGAAAGUCCAGUUUAGAAAACAGUUUUAUUUUAGAUAUGUAAUCCUCCAUGUUAAAAGUGCAAGCGAGAGGAAAAAAUAAAGGAUCGCUGCUCACUCUUGCUGCUUGUUGUCACUUCUUCUGCAGCCGAGUAGUCGCAAGAAGGAUCACUAGCGCCCUCUACCACCAGGAGGCGGGAGUCAUUUAAUGACUCAUAUUUGACACACGCAGCUACGGUAUAUUAAUAAAACAUAGCUGCUUACUGUUCUUUUUAGCAUAUUCAAUAGCUUGGACCUUAAAUCCUACUGAAUAGCUCUUAAUCUUCUUCCCUCUAUGCGAUUUGAAAUGAUUGAAAUCAGCCUCUCCAUUUUGAAAAUGAUGACAGGUGAAGUGUCACUCGUGACGUGACGAGUUUGACCCGGUGGAAAUUCUAGACAUACGCUAAUUAUUUUGCGAAACGAGUUUGACUUGGCGGAAAUUCUAGACAUGCGCUAAUAAAAAUGAUAUUUUGCGGCGGUAAAUGGUAAUACUAAGCAUGCGUUAAUUAUUUUGCGAAACGAGUUUGACCCGGCAGUAAUUCUAGGCAGGCGCAUACUAUAUACCCGGCGGCAAUUCAAGGAAAUACGUACUUGCUUUAAAAUCAUAAGUCAAGCAGAUAUUUAAGUAUUUAUCUUUAUUUGAACAAUAGCAUUGUUUUGAAAUGUAUGAUGAUGUUGUACGGGAGUCAUUUAAUGACUCAUAUUUGACACACGCAGCUACGGUAUAUUAAUAAAACAUAGCUGCUUACUGUUCUUUUUAGCAUAUUCAAUAGCUUGGACCUUAAAUCCUACUGAAUAGCUCUUAAUCUUCUUCCCUUUAUGCGAUUUCAAAUGAUUGAAAUCAGCCUCCUCCAUUUUGAAAAUGACGACAGGUGAAGUGUGGUACUUGCUAUAAAAUCAUAAGUCAAGCAGAUAUUUAAGUAUUUAUCUUUAUUUGAACAAUAGCAUUGUUUUGAAAUGUAUGAUGAUGUUGUACUUUGUUUUAUUAUUAGAGAUGAUUACGGUGUAAAUAUGUCAUUUUACACAGUACAUUUGUUUUUGUAAUACAUUUAUUAAAAAAAAAAAAGUACUUUAUUUACACAUUUCCACACUUUCGGGGCCACAGAAAUUGACGUGAGUUUGAGACCUUUGACUUAGUGGAAUGAUGAUGUCGUCUUGGGAAGAAGGGCGUGUGUCGGUGUUCUACCUUCAAAGUGGAGCAGGAAGUGUGGGAUAGGGCUUCGCUAGAAGGGGACCUAACCUGUUCUUCAAGUCAUUGUUGAUGUCAAAGCUCGUCGCAGUGUCCUCGCACAUUCUCCGCUAGAACCUUCCGCCAUGGCGCUGCGCCCACGUGCGUCCUCCCAACCGGGGAAACUCUCCUUCCUGCAGUCUUCCAAAGCCACCUCGUCUCUUCGCCCGAGGGCCGUGUCCUCGCGCUCGGGCUCGGUGCUGGAAGACGAGCUGUCCUGCCCCGUCUGCUGCGAGAUCUUCCGGGAGCCCGUGGUGCUGAAGUGCAGCCACAGCUUCUGCAGGGCGUGCCUGCAGCAGUUCUGGAACAAGAAGAAGGCCCGGCGCGAGUGUCCCAUCUGCCGCCGGAAGUGCUCCCUGACCGAGCCCACCGUCAGCCUGGCGCUGAAGAACGUGGCGGACACCUUCCUGAGGGAGCAGCAGAGGCAGGAGGGCGGCCUCGCGCUCGGGACCACGGAGGCCAAGGUGGAGGAGGUGAGGUGCGGCGUCCACGGCGAGGUCCUCAAGCUCUUCUGUCUGGAUGAUCUGCAAGUUCUGUGCUGCGUCUGUCACACCUCCAAGAAGCACCAGGGCCAUGGAGUGUGUCCUUUGGAAGAAGGAGCACACGACCUCAAGGAGGAGCUGAAGAAAGAACUGAUUCCCGUGAAGAAGAAUCUGCGUCGCCUGUAUGAGGCCAAGCAGGAGUGUGAUGACACAACCGUGCACAUCCAGAACCAGGCUCAGGCCUCAGAGAAGCAGGUCAGGGAGGACUUUGAGCAGCUGCGAGACUUCCUGCAAAAGGAGGAAGCGGCGCGGCUGGCCGCCCUGCAGCAGGAGGAGGAGGAGAAGCGGGAGCUGGUGAGGAAGAAGUCUGAGAGCAUCACCAGAGACAUCUUGACCUUCUCGCACGCCGUCAUCGCCGUGGAGAACGAGAUCGCGUCCGGCGACGCCCUCUUCCUGCAGAAUUACCCAAACACCAAGAAGAGGGCACAGCUGCCGCAGAAGGACCCGGAGAAGGUGUCCGGCGCUCUUAUUGACGUGGCCAAACAUGUCAGCUCCCUCAAGUACCAUGUUUGGGAGAAGAUGGUGGACAUGGUUCAGUACACGCCCAUCACCCUGGACCCCAACACGGCGUACUCCUGGUUGUCCAUCUCCAAGGACCUGACCAGCGUGGCCAACAGCGGCUCUCUGCAGCAGCUCCCGGCCAACCCCGAGCGCUUCGGCCACUUCGUCUUCGCCCUGGGCUCCGAGGGCUUCUCCUCGGGCCGCCAUGCCUGGGAGGUGGAGGUGGGCGACAAGGUGGACUGGAUGCUGGGCGUGGUCAGGGGGUCCGUGGACAGAAAAGGCCGCAUCUCCGGCUGCCCCGAGGGCGGCUUCUGGAUGAUAUCGCACUACGAGGGGGAAUACUCGGCCAUGACCAGACCCAGCACUCGCUUGCAGCUGGAGGGGGAGCUGACCAGAGUCCGGGUCCAGCUGGACUACGACGCCGGUGAGGUGACCUUCUCCAACCCUAUCAGCAUGAUGCCCAUCUACACCUUUAAGGACUUCUUUACCGACAUCAUGUACCCCUUCUUCUGCCCUGGAGCAAACAUCAACGGGAAUAACCCCGACCCCCUCAAGAUCUGCCCAGCUACAGUGGCCGUGUGGAACAGCGCCACCUGGUGACAUGUAAGCAACACCAAUCAAUCUUGCAGAAUCACAUUUGGCUUCACGUUGGUGCAACAUGUUGCUUGGUAGUCCAGGAAGUCUUACAUGGUGGACAUGACCUUCAGCAUCCCCUCUACGCUGCUUUUGCCAUCAAUUUCCUCCUAAGAAACAUUUUCAAAACAUCAACAUGUGCUUCUGUGGCCACACACCUAGCUUACCACCAUCAAAUGUGAAUGUGUACAUUGCUUACCAUAUAAAUCUAAUCCAUCCAUCCAUUUUGGAGUCCCAGGCAUACUUUCCAACCCUCCCGGAUUUUCCGGGAGAUUCCUGAAAUUCGGCGCCUCUCCUGAAAACCUCCCGGGACAAAUUUUCUCCCGAAAUUCAGGCGGAGCUGGAGGCCACGCCCCCUCCUGCUCCAUGCGGACCUGAGUGAGGUGUCGACAGCCUGUUUUCACGUUUGCUUUCCCACAAUAUAAACAGCGUGUUUGCCCAAUGACGUUAUAACUGUAGAAUGAUCGAGGGCGAGUUCUUUGUUUUUAUGUGGGUUUAUUGUUAAGCAGUUUUAUUAACGUCCUCCCAGCGCGGUAACAACACACAACAACAGCAGUCACGUUUUCAUCUACCUUAAAGCAGUUCGUCUGCCGUAAACAGCAAUGUUGUGACACUCUUAAACAAGACAAUACUGCCACCUACUGUACUUUUCAGGCCAGGCUAGGGAGAGAUGGAAGAUUCCAGACUCUAGUGCAGUGGUUCUCAACCUUUUUUCAGUGAUGUAACCCCUGUGAACAUUUUUUUUAAUUCAAGUACCCCCUAAUCAGAGCAAAGCAGUUUCGGUUGAAAAAAAGAGAUAAAGAAGUAAAAUACAGCACUAUGUCAUCAGUUUCUGAUUCAUUAAAUUGUAAAACAGUGCAAAAUAUUGCUCAUUUGUAGUGGUCUUUCUUAAACUGUUUGGAAAAAAAAGAUAUAUAAAUAAACAAGUGAUUCAAUUCUAAAUGCAGAUUUCUCCACAUAGAAGUAAUCAUCAACUUAAAGUUCCUUCUUUGGGGAUUGUAAUAGAGAUCCAUCUGGAUUCAUCAACUUACUUCUAAACAUUUCUUCACAAUAAAAGAAAUCUUUAGCAUCAAUAUUUAUGGAACAUGUCCACAAAAAAUCUAGCUGUCAACACUGAAUAUUGCAUUGUUGCAUUUAAUUUCACACUUUAUGAACUUACAUUCAUAUUUUGUUGAAGUAUUAUUCAAUAAAUAUAUUUAUAAAGGAUUUUUGAAUUUUUGCUAUUUUUAGAAUAUUUUUGAAAAAAUCUCACGUACCCCUUGGCAUACCUUCAAGUCCCCCCAGGGGUACACUUACCCCCAUUUGAGAACCACUGCUCUAGUCGAUGGGGAGGUCUACUUUGACGCAUGUACAGUUCAUCCCACUUCCGGUUUCUCGUCCUCGGAAAGCAUGUUUACAAGUUCCAUACAUGGAAGACAUGACGUCACCCGAAGAAGAAAACUUCCGCGGAAAAAUGGGUGGCUUGUCUGUCAGUCAAAGCUUCGCACGCCCUGGAACUUAAAGGCCGACUGAAAUGAGAUGUUCUUAUUUAAACGGGGAUAGCAGCUCCAUUCUAUGUGUCAUACUUCAUCAUUUCCCCAUAUUGCCAUAUUUUGGCUGAAAAGAUUUAGUAGAGAACAUCCACCAUAAAGUUUGCAACUUUUAGUGGCUAAUAAAAAAGCCUUGCCUGUACCGGAAGUAGCAGACGUUGUGCGCGUGACGUCACGGGUUGUGGAGCUCCUCACAUCUGAAGAUUGUUUACAAUCAUGGCCACCAGCAGCCAGAGCGAUUCAGACCAAUAAAGCGACGAUUUCCCCUUUAAUUUGAGCGAGGAUGAAAAAUCCGUGGAUGAGGAAAGUGAGAGUGAAGGAUCAGAAGAAAAAAAAAAGAGGGCAGUGGGAGCGAUUCAGAUGUUAUUAGACACAUUUACGAGGAUAAUUCUGGAAAAUCCCUUAUCUGCUUAUUGUGUUACUAGUGUUUUAGUGAGAUUAUAUAGUCGUACCUGAAAGUCGGAGGGGUGUGGCCAUGGGUGUGGUGACCGCCAGUGUCUCUGAGGGAAGCCAGGCAGCUGCCUCUUUGACAGGUGCAGGAGGAAUGACACGAGCUCCGCUCAUGUCUACGGUAAGAGCCGACUUAUUACCACAAUUUUUCUCACCGAAAAAAUAAUAGUCUAUUAUACAGCAUUAUCAUUUGAAUAAUAUAAAUAUAGUCAACUAUAUAGCAUUAUUCACAUGUGAAUAAUGUAAAUGCAGUCUAUUAUACAGCAUUAUUCACAUGUGAAUAAUAGUCUAUUAUGCAGCAUUAUUCACAUGUGAGUAAUAUAAAUACAGUCUAUUAUGCAGCAUUAUUCACAUGUGAAUAAUAUAAAUACAGUCUAUUAUGCAGCAUUAUUCACAUGUGAGUAAUAUAAAUACAGUCUAUUAUACAGCAUUAUUCACAUGUGAAUAAUAUAAAUACUGUCUAUUAUACAGCAUUAUUAAUAUUUGAAUAAUAUAAAUACAGUCUAUUAUACAGCAUUAUUCACAUGUGAAUAAUAUCAAUACAGUCUAUUAUACAGCAUUAUUAAUAUUUGAAUAAUAUAAAUACAGUCUAUUAUACAGCAUUAUUCACAUGUGAAUAAUAUAAAUACUGUCUAUUAUACAGCAUUAUUCACAUGUGAAUAAUAUAAAUACAGCAUAUUUCACAUGUGGUAGAGAACCAUGUUCGCUUGACCGCUCUGUUCCAUAUUAAAGCUUCACCGUCAUCUUUAGGGAAUGUAAACAAAGAAACACCGGCUGUGUUUGUGUUGCUACAGCCGGCCUCAAUACACCACUUCCCACCAACAGCUUUCUUCUUUGACGUCUCCAUUAUUCAUGGAACAAAUUGCAAAAGAUUCAGCAACACAGACGUCCAGAAUACUGUGGAAUUAUGCGAUUAAAGCAGACUAUUUAUAGCCGUGAUCUGUACUGGAAGAACAUGUCGGCUACAACCGGUGACAUCACAAGCACGUGUCAUCACAAGCGUCAUCAUACCGUGACGUUUUCAACAGGAUACUUGGCGGGAAAUUUAAAAUUGCAAUUUAGUAAACUAAAGCGGCCGUAUUGGCAUGUGUUGCAAUGUUAAUAUUUCAUCAUUGAUAUAUAAACUAUCAGACUGCGUGGUCGCUAGUAGUGGCUUUCAGUAGGACUUUAAGCUGCUUGAGCGCCUUCAAAUUGAUGGAAAUUGACAAGUGGACCCCGACUUAAACACGUUGAAAAACUUAUUGGGGUGUUACCAUUUAGUGGUCAAUUGUAGGGAAUAUGUACUGUACUGUGCAAUCUACUAAUAAAAUAUGUACUGUACUGUGCAAUCUACUAAUAAAAUAUGUACGGUACUGUGCAAUCUACUAAUAAAAUAUGUACGGUACUGUGCAAUCUAUUAAUAAAAUAUGUACUGUACUGUGCAAUCUACUAAUAAAAUAUGUACUGUACUGUGCAAUCUACUAAUAAAAUAUGUACUGUACUGUGCAAUCUACUAAUAAAAUAUGUACUGUACAAUCUACUAAUAAAAUAUGUACUGUACUGUGCAAUCUACUAAUAAAAUAUGUACGGCACUGCAAUCCACUAAUAAAAUAUGUACGGUACUGCGCAAUCUACUAAUAAAAUAUGUACGGUACUGUGCAAUCUACUAAUAAAAUAUGUACGGUACUGUGCAAUCUACUAAUAAAAUAUGUACUGUACUGUGCAAUCUACUAAUAAAAUAUGUACUGUACUGUGCAAUCUACUAAUAAAAUAUGUACGGUACUGUGCAAUCUACUAAUAAAAUAUGUACUGUACUGUGCAAUCUACUAAUAAAAUAUGUACGGUACUGUGCAA